AUGUAUGGGACGGAUGAUCUGAAUGACAUUUCGGAGCGGAUCAUCAUGGCAUGCAUUUGCUCUAUUUCGCUGCCGAGUUAUAUUUUUAUUUUUUUUAAUUCUUUGACAGAUUUGAGAUUGCAGUGUUAUUUUUGCGUGAGGCUAAGCAUCCAUGGUGAUACCAGCCACUACGCUUGCCCACUGGAUAUUUGUACGGAGAUACUGGGUGAUUUAAACAUCAAGCCUGUUCUCUCUGCUCCUCUUGGCGAGAAUAACAGAGUAGGUCUGGUCAGUGAGGCUGGUGUCAAGUCUUUUGAUUGGAGGAAGAUACACACGUCUAGUGAAUACCAUCCUGAUCAUACCCCGGAAGGGCGGACGACGAAUAAGCCCACGCGAAGGCUUACUCUCGCGGAGAUAUUCAUACCCUACGGGGACAGCUGUGCUCCUUAUUCUUGGAAAGGAGCUUUUGAUUGGGGAGCAAAGGUGCUAGUGUAA